AUGGCCGAUUCUAUCACUGCUGGUCUAGCUAGACUCAGCGCCUUCACGAAAGCUGCUCGGGGGCAAGACGCGGAGGACGUGGGUGAGGAAAUCGACAAUCUCACCGUAGCCGGAGGAGGUCAUAGCUCUCGUCCAACAGAAAUCACAAGUCACCAGCUGACCAUCAGUCACGCACUCAAGUCAUUCCUUGCAGAUAAUCACAUCGUAUCCAAGAGAGAUGCAGCUCUUGAGAUGGAAGGCUUGAGUCCGGCUCUGGUAGCUUUGCUCAGCAAGCCGCAUAUCCAAGUGCCUCCAGAGCUAACAGACCGAUCCCAUCCUUUGACAGAGUACUUCAUAAGCUCCAGUCACAAUACGUAUCUCCUUGGACAUCAGCUCCGGGGACAAUCCUCAGCUGCUGCCUACGAAUCUGCUCUAAUGACUGGGGCACGAUGCGUUGAGAUCGAUGCGUGGGAUCAUGACGAAAACGAGGACGAGCCAAAGGUCACCCAUGGGUACACUUUGGUCUCGAACAUUCCAUUCCGUGCUGUCUGUGAAGCCAUCCGUGAUGUCGUCGACAAAGAGGCGGCCGCGGCCGUAGACCAGCAGGGCUACCGGGCUGCCCCUAUCAUUUUGUCCCUCGAGAACCACUGCGGGGCACAUGGGCAGAUGCGCUUAGUGGAGAUCAUGAACGAGGUCUGGGGCGACAGACUUCUCAGCAAAGCAGUCCGCGAGAAAGGUCAUCGGGAGCAAGAAGUAAAAGACGAGCAGAUACAUCUAGACGAACUAGGAUCCAAGAUAGUACUUAUCGUCGAGUACUUCUUCCCAACUGCGGAAGACAAAGACGGCGAUGAUAGCAACUCUAGCUCUGAAGAUGAAGAUGACGAGGAGAAGCAAGCUCGUGCGGCAUACAAGGCAAGAAAGAAGGCAGUCAAGAACGGCAAAAUCAUCCCGGAACUCGCGGCUCUGGGUGUUUAUGCCCAGUCCGUGAAGCCUAGGGAUAACUCGUGGUAUGAAAGCGAGCUGAUUGACGCGCCUCAUCACCACCUCAUCAACGUCUCCGAAAGUGGCCUUCAGGCACUCAUGCCCGCGAACAGCGAGAAGAUUGCCCGACACAACGCAAAGUAUCUCAUGCGCGUAUAUCCCAAAGGUACCCGUAUAUCGUCCAAAAAUCUAGCCCAGGUCCCUUUCUGGGCCGUUGGAGCGCAGAUAUGCGCAAUGAACUGGCAGACAUUCGGCGGCAGCAUGCAAUUGAACGAGGCCAUGUUCAGCGAGACAGAAGGCUACGUACUAAAACCCGCCGCUUUGAGGGCAGGUGGGAGUGGGCAGUUGAACAACGGACGGCGGAGGAAGCUCCGUCUACACAUUGCCGGUGCUUCGAACGUCCCUGUGCCGGAGGGAAGGGAUGCAGAAGACAUCAAGCCGUACGUUACGUGUUCGCUCGUGCACCCUGACGAUGUCAAUGGCAAACAUCAGAAGAGAAAAACCAAGUAUUACAGACAACACAAGCUCGAGUUCCUGCACAGAGGCGAGAAUCCGCCGCCGACAGAUCCUAUCUGGGAUGACAUUUUGGAGUGGGAAUACGAUGACAACGAACUCGUCUUCCUGCGCAUCUUUAUUAAGGAUGACAUCAGCUUUGAGGAGAACCCGAUUUACGCUUUAACGGCCGUUCGAUUACUUUACGUUGUUCCGGGCUGGAGCUUCAUCCGCCUGCUCGAUUUGAAAGGUCAUGAAACGAGAUGUUCUCUUUUUGUCAAAUUUGAUUUUGAGACAAUAUAG